UAAACAUUAUUCUGAGAACACUUCUACUUCAAGACCUUUGCUUCUCAUUAAUAUUAACAUAUCUUUUGGUUCUGAAUGUGCUUUGAUCACUCAUGGUGUUUUUCGCAGUUUUGAUGCCUAAGAAUCAUAACUUCAGCUGUGAAUUUUGAUGGAAAAACUAAAUGGAAGUUGCUAACUCAAACCAGUGAUCCUCUUCAACAGCUGCUUUCUAGUGGUGUUUGUAAGUUGUAAACAACAGAGGUUUUCCUCGGGUAACAUAGUGGUCAAAAUCAGCUUUGGAUAUACUAAUUCAACUGAGAUAACAGGAUAAGAAUCAACCAGUCAUCCACCAGUUGUAGGUCCUGAAAGUACCCAAGAAAUGGCGAAGCAGCAAGAUUCCAAGAACAUGCUGAAGGACAAAAGCAACAAAACAGUACCCUUUUACAAACUGUUUUCAUUUGCAGACUCUUGGGAUUAUCUACUGAUGUUUGUUGGGACAAUAAGUGCUGCUGCCAAUGGAGUGACUAAGGCUUUAACGAAUAUAGUUAUGGGAGAAGCAGUUGAUGCUUUUAGAGGAAACGGUAACACGGAUGUAGUUCAUGAAGUUUCCAAGGUGUCUCUGAAGUUUGCACUAAUGGGUGCAGGUGCCUUUCUGGCAGCAUUUCUACAGGUGGCUUGUUGGGUGUCCACCGGGGAGAGACAAGCAGCGAGAAUAAGAGGUUUAUACCUCAAAGCAAUUUUGAGGCAAGAUAUCAGCUUCUUUGAUAAGGAAACCAAUACUGGUGAGGUUGUUGGAAGGAUGUCAGGUGACACAGUUCUUAUUCAAGAAGCCAUGGGAGAGAAGGUAGGAAAAUUCAUACAGUGUGUGGCGUGUUUUUUAGGAGGUAUAGUCAUAGCCUUCAUCAAGGGUUGGCUUCUAACCGUGGUCCUUCUAUCUUCUAUUCCACCUCUUGCCCUCUCUGGUUCCAUAAUGAGCUUUGCUUUUGCAAAGUUGGCAUCCCGUGGACAAGCAGCUUAUUCUGAAGCAGCAACUGUAGUAGAGCGGAUAAUUGGUUCAAUUCGAAUUAUUGCAUCAUUUACUGGCGAAAAUCAAGCUAUAGCUCAAUACAAUCAAUCCCUAGCCAAAGCUUACAGGACUGCAGUACAAGACGGAGUGGCUGCUGGAUUAGGCCUUAGUGCAAUUCGUUUAUCUAUCAACAGCAGUUAUGCAUUGGCUGUAUGGUAUGGAGGGAAGAUGGUACUAGAGAAAGGCUAUACAGGAGGUGAAGUCAUGAGUAUAUUUUUGGCCCUAUUUUUUGCUUCCAUGUCUUUGGGGCAGGUUUCUACAAGUUUAACUGCAUUUGCUGCAGGACAGGCUGCUGCCUUAAAAAUGUUUGAAACAAUAAACAGGGAGCCUGAUAUUGAUGCUUACGACACUGCUGGUCGACAGGUAGAUGAUAUUUCUGGAGAUAUAGAAUUUAGGGAGGUUUGCUUUAGUUAUCCUUCAAGACCAGAUGAAUUGAUAUUCAAUGGAUUUUCAAUUUCAAUAUCAAGUGGUACUUCGGCGGCUUUGGUAGGGAAAAGUGGGAGUGGUAAAUCAACAGUUAUUAGUUUGAUUGAAAGAUUUUAUGAUCCACAAGCUGGUGAUGUUCUCAUUGACGGUAUCAACCUCAGAGAAUUUCAGUUGAAAUGGAUAAGACAAAAAAUUGGCCUUGUUAACCAAGAACCAGUUCUCUUUACUUGUAGUAUAAAAGAAAAUAUUGCCUAUGGUAAGGAUGGGGCAACAGAUGAAGAAAUCAGAGAAGCAACUGAACUUGCUAAUGCGGCUAAAUUCAUAGAUAGAUUUCCACAAGGACUUGACACGAUUGUCGGCGAGCAUGGUACACAGCUCUCUGGGGGUCAAAAGCAAAGAAUCGCCAUAGCAAGAGCAAUUCUGAAAGAUCCAAGAAUUUUACUCCUGGAUGAAGCUACAAGUGCCCUUGAUGCGGAGUCUGAGAGAGUGGUGCAAGAAACACUAGACAAAAUCAUGAUAAACCGAACAACUGUCAUUGUAGCACACCGCCUUAACACAAUAAGGAAUGCUGAUAGCAUUGCUGUUAUUCAUCAAGGAAGAGUAGUAGAAAAUGGUAUACAUGCUGAGCUCAUAAAAGAUCCUGAUGGAACUUAUAGCCAGCUCAUUAGAUUGCAAGAAAUUAACAGGCAGACAGAUGGUAAAAAUGAUUCAGGCAGAAUAGAAAACUUUGUAGAUUCUGAACGACAAUCAAGCCAACGGUUUUCUUUCCCUCAAUCUUUAAGUCAGGAAUCAUCCGGAAUAGGAAAAAGCAGUAAUCACUCACUCAUAAUAUCAAAUGCUAUGCCAAAUACACUUGAUCUCUUGAAAACAUCAGGAGGGCCUGAAGCUCUUCCUCCAGCAGUAUCACAUUCACCUCGAGAAGUCUCAUUUCUUCACCUUGCUUAUCUUAACAAGCCUGAAAUCCCAGUGUUAGUCCUAGGGACUCUAGCAGCCACAGUAACUGGGGCAAUACUACCCAUUAUGGGGCUUCUUAUCUCCAACAUGAUAAAUACUUUCUUUGAGCCUGCAGAUCAACUCCGUAAAGACUCAAAGUUUUGUGCAUUAAUAUUCCUUGCCCUUGGUGUGGUUGGGUCCAUAUUUCAUCCAAUAAGGUCCUAUUUUUUUGCUGUAGCUGGUUCCAAGUUGAUAAAAAGGGUCCGGCUAAUGUGUUUUGAGAAAAUUAUUCACAUGGAAGUAGGCUGGUUUGACAAAAUUGAGCAUUCAAGUGGAUUACUUGGAGCAAGGCUCUCAAAUGAUGUGGCUUCUAUUCGAACUUUUGUUGGGGAUGCACUUGGUUUGCUGGUUCAAGAUAUUGCUACAGUAAUUACAGCCUUGGUAAUUUCCUUUGAGGCAAACUGGCAGCUUUCUCUCAUCAUUGUUGUUUUGCUACCUCUAUUGUUAGUAAAUGGACAAGUGCAAAUGGGGUCCAUGCAGGGAUUCAUCACUGAUGCUAAGAAACAAUAUGAGGAAGCAAGUCAAGUAGCGAAUGACGCUGUAGGGAAUAUCAGAACGGUUGCAGCUUUCUGUGCUGAAGGGAAGGUGAUGGAGUUAUACCAGAAGAAAUGUUUAGGACCCAUCCAGGCAGGUAUAAGGCAAGGUUUAGUCGGUGGAGCAAGUUUCGGGUUAUCACUCUUCUUUGUGUUCUCUGUUAAUGCAUGCAGUUUCUAUGCUGGAGCUCAACUUGUUGAGAAUGGCAAAACAUCAAUCUCAGAUGUUUUCCGUGUAUUUUUCACUCUCACGAUGGCAGCUGUAGCAAUGUCACAAUCUGGCUUCAUGGCCCCAGGUGCGACAAAAGCAAAAAGUUCAGUUGCUUCUAUAUUUGCUAUUCUUGACCAGAAAUCAAAAAUAGACCCCAGUAAUGAGUCCGGAAUGACGCUGCAAGAGGUGAAGGGAGAGAUUGGGUUCCACCAUGUUACUUUCAAGUAUCCAACCAGGCCUAAUGUUCUUGUAUUCAGAGAUUUUUCCUUGACCAUUCAUGCAGGAGAGACAGUUGCUCUAGCAGGCGAAAGUGGAAGUGGAAAGUCAACAAUAAUCUCAUUGUUGCAAAGAUUUUACGACCCAGAUUCAGGUCAGAUUACACUGGAUGGAACAGAAAUCCAAAAUCUACAACUUAAAUGGUUUAGGCAGCAGAUGGGUCUGGUAAGCCAGGAGCCUGUGUUGUUCAAUGAUACCAUCAGAGCCAAUAUUGCAUAUGGAAAAGGUGGCAAUGCAACAGAAGCUGAAAUUAUAGCCGCAGCAGAACUGGCAAAUGCCCACAAUUUCAUUAGCAGUUUGCAACAGGGUUAUGAUACAGUAGUAGGGGAGAGAGGGAUUCAACUAUCUGGUGGGCAGAAGCAGCGAGUGGCAAUUGCAAGAGCCAUAGUGAAGAGUCCAAAAAUAUUACUGCUGGAUGAAGCCACGAGUGCACUUGAUGCUGAGUCUGAAAGAGUGGUUCAGGAUGCACUUGACCAAGUGGCGGUGGACAGAACCACAAUUGUGGUGGCCCACAGGUUAUCCACCAUAAAGGAUGCAGAUUCAAUUGCAGUGGUUGAAAAUGGAGUCAUUUCAGAGCAAGGAAAGCAUCAUACUCUGCUUAACAUGGGUGGUACCUAUGCUUCCUUAGUAGGCUUACACACAUCUUAGACCCUUUUAGCUAGUUCCACACUUGCUCCUAUUAACUACUGCUUUCUCAUUCUCUACUUAUGGCAUCCUUUCUAUUUUCUGAGUAAUGUAAUUUUCUAAAGAAUUGAUUAACACUCUUUUAAUGGGUCUAAGGGUUACACAUUAAAACCAACAAACAUCUUAAGCCACAUUGAAAUUGAGGUAUUAUAUUCAUA